AUGGUCAGGGGCACCACCUUCAAGGCCCAGUACCGGCAGGCCCAGGCGCGCUCGACUACGCCCCCGCAACCCUAUGUCGAGCCGCUGUCGCCCAUCGAAUCUCAAUCCACCGUCCCCGCCUACGUCGAACCUGCGCGCGACCUGGCCCACGCCGCGAGCUCGCCCAUCGCAUACCGCGCCUACACGCGUGACGUCUCGUACUCGCAUUACGACCGUCCGGCCAAGCGAGCACGCUCCGAGUUCUACACGUCGCCGCCAUACAACCACUACCACUCCCGGCCCGCCACGAGCCACAUCCCGGGCUGGUCCUACAACGUCGAGCAGAUGGUCGACAGCGGCACGCGCAUGUACCAGACCCCCGUGGCCUUUGCGCCCUUUGCGCCGCAGCCUGCCCCCGGCAGCGACCCACGCAUCUCCGACGCCGAGCUGCUGCUCAACUUUGCCGUCUCGGCCCACGCCGCACAAACGCCCCCUUCGACGGCAAAGCGGUGGAGCCUGUCCUACCCGCCCGCACUCGAGCAACCGCCGGCUGAGCUGCCCCUCCUGCAAACACAGCAGACACUAGCGCCGUCGAGCCCGUAUGCAGCAGCCACCCAGCCCCCCAGUCGCCAUGUCCCACAUACAGACGCGCCGCCCGCAGACUUCAUGCACCUCCCAGCACCGCCCGUGCAGCCAGUCGACGCUCCUCCAGCCGAGACCGCGCCAGCCGCGCACACAUACACACCCCCAGAAGAGAUGUCUGGCGCAGCUUCGCAGCCUGUCGUGCAGGUGGCCAUCACUGUCGAAGCGCCAGAGGCAGCACCAGCGCCAGCGCCAGCACCAGCAGCAGAAGCCGAGCCCAAGCCCAAGAAGCACCAGGGCUGGCCCAAGGGCAAGCCGCGGGGGCCUCGCAGCACUCCGUCCACCGGCAAGAGGAAACGGUCCACGCCAAAGCCAAAGACUGCGCCACCGACCAGCGCUUCUGGGGCUCCCGACCAGCUUCAAUCGCCCCAGAGCCUCCCAGCAGAGCACCCUGACGUUGUCAUGGCCCAAGUCGCCGACCCUCUGCCACACCAAGUCCGUCUGUCCCACGAUACCACGCUACAACCCCGCCGUCACUCCUUCUCAACCCCCAAACCCCAGUUUCCAAGCUGCCGUCUACCUCUUGACCCCGCACGCGCCCAGUCCGUUCCGCUCAAUGCCAUCACAGCGGUGACCCCACCCGCUGAGGAACCCCGUCAGUCCUCCAAGAAACCAGCCGUCGAGCAGCCCGACCUCAUCUGUGCGGCUUGCAAAUCCUCUGACUCUGAAGUCAAAGUAGGCGACGGGGAGCAAUGGAUCGGCUGUGACGGCUGCAAAGAGUGGUACCACUACGCCUGUGCGGGGUUCAGCAGCGAGAGGGAGGUGCGAGAUGUGAACAAGUUCUACUGCGAACCUUGUAGACCAAAGUUCGGCGAAACAACUAAGGUUCGUAAAUCCAUUAGAGCGCAUACCACUGUCGAUUACGCCGGCCUGAACGAGGGCGUUCUCAAAACCUCUGACGACAACCCUGAGCACCACUACAUCGCCGCGUUUAAGAAUGGAGACAUCGACUUCACCCCAGAGACGUUUGCACGCAUGCCUCCAGAAUUGAUAACACGGGAUUUUCUCGAAAAGUCCAAUGGCUUCAAGGAGCCUAUCCUCAUCCCUGGUGCCCUGAAUCCUCGACCGUACCUGCCGGUAGAUGAGCAAACCGACGUCCACACACCUACCGACGAGUCUGUCGAUCGAACAGACGAACAAGAAAUGCAAUUCGAAUACGAAACUGUAGCAAAUGAGGGUCAGGACAAGCUGGACAUGGUCAUACCUCAGGGUCUGACGGUCCGCCGCGUCGCUGAGCUGUACGGGGCGAACGAGACUGUUCCCGUCAUCGACGUCAAGGCACAAGAAGGCGAGGUCAAGAAGUGGACCAUGGCCAAAUGGGCCGACUACUAUGAGCAGCAGGGCGAGAAGCCUGUACGCAACGUCAUCAGUCUUGAGGUGUCUCGAAGCAGACUCGGGCGCCUUAUUCGCCGGCCAAAAGCUGUCCGGGAUAUGGACCUCCAAGAUUCGGUCUGGCGGGAAGACGACAAGUUUGCGCCACCACCAGUACAGUUCUACUGUCUAAUGUCCGUCGCCGAUUGCUUUACGGAUUUUCACAUCGACUUUGGCGGCUCGUCCGUGUACUACCAUAUCGUGAAGGGAAAGAAGGUCUUCUUCUUCAUUCCACCAACGAAGCAGAACUUGAAGAAGUACGAAGACUGGUGUCUCUCCCCCAACCAAGGACACGACUGGCUUGGCAAGCAAGUCAAGGAGUGCUACCGGGUAGAUCUCUAUCCUGGAGACACAAUGCUGAUUCCCUCGGGCUGGAUACAUGCUGUUUGGACUCCCGAAGAUAGUCUUGUUAUUGGAGGCAACUUCCUGACCCGGAUUCACUAUGGUAUGCAAAUCAAGAUCUUGGAGAUCGAGAUCAACACGAAAGUGGCUGCGCAAUUCCGGUACCCAUUUUUCCAAAAGAUCAUGUGGUUGACGGUCAUCAAGUACCUUGAGGAAGACCCCGUUCCAGGAUCUGUUGAGAAGCUUUUACAGAGUGGUCAUACAUUCAAACGCUCUGUCCCAAUCUUCUGCGAACCGGACAGAUUUGGCCACAACUCGCACUUGGGCCCACCAAACUACAACAGCCGAUACUACUCAAAACACGAACUCGAAGGACUGACAGAAGUGCUCAACUAUAUCUGGAGGACCGUUCUAAUCUCGCUGGACAAGAUUGAUGUGCCGUCAAGGACUCGCAGUGCGGUCAACAGAUCGAUUCCAAAGGGUCAUGGCGACCCUCUCAUUCUCGCGAAACGCUUUGCCAUGUGGAUUGCUUGGAAACGAGGGGAUGAAACAAUUCCGUCGUGGGCAAUGUCCGAUGCCGGCCUACCCGAACCACCAGAGCUCGGCGAAAAGAAGAUGAGUGCAGCCCAAGUGAAGAAGAUGGAACGAGACUCGCAGAAUGAGGCUUUACGCGGAACUGCUGAGAGACACUCGGCUCGUAUCCGAGCAUCUGAUCCCCCGAUUCCGGGUCUUCCAGCGCCAAGUUUCUACCAAGAUGAUCCGGUCCUACCUUUCGACGGCCCUUUGACUGGAUUUCUGCGUCCAAGUUCAGGCUCACACAUUACCACCCCGAAGACAUCUCAGCUUGGGCCAAAGCGAGUGGCUUGCGAUGCUUGCAGGAAACGACGGAUACGAUGCAAACACAAGGACGAGCUUAUCGACACAUCGAAACCUGGUAUGCACACGAUCGAUCUGUCUGGCUCGUACGGAAUCUCUGUGAAGCGCCGCCUCAGCGACCACUCCAUCGUUGAUGGUCUCAUAACAGCUGUCAAUGGUCCUGUGACUGGCGGCCCGAUCAUGGCAGACGCAAACGGGGACCCUUAUGCACUCAAGUCAGGUCGCGUCAAGGCCUGUGCCGAUUGUCGCAAAAGCAAGCGUCGUUGCAUACACGAUGAGUACGGCAACGUUGACCCCGUCAAAGCGAAUGAGGUCCCCAUCCCAAGAGGAUCUGCUUCCAAGAAACGGCGUGUGAGUGAGGAGGAUUCGACGACAGCUAAGAGGAUGCGACAAGAAUCCGCCUUUGACGGCGACAUGAUGAACGGGGACCUACACACCCGACAUUCCUUGCCACACCAGUUCAGCGUCAACGCCUCGAUGCUGCAAGACGUCGCAUACGCCGCCCAACAAACCUUCGACCACGACCCAGAAGACGACAUGAUGCCCAUCGACCCAGCCCUCCAAGCCUACAACAACGCCGACUACUCACCCAUGAACAUGACAACCCCCCAGCCCAACAACGGCGACACAAUCAUCUCCUCAAUCGAAUACCACCCCACCACCACCACCACCACCACUACCAGCCCAACAACCGACGCAGACUUCCCCGCCCGUCAAGGCCCCAGCGUCGAACCCCUCACCCCAGGCCCCCCACCCUUCCCCAACACAUCCCACCACCCCCAAACAAACGGCUACACAACCCACCACCUCUCCUCCCCCGUCUCCCCAACAAACACCUCCCCCACCUCAAACAACUACAACAUGUACACCACCGCCUCGGACUUCCCGCCCCCGCCCAUAACACCCACUACCACCGCCGCCACCACAGCCACAGCUGCCACACGCCCCUACCGCGCCCCCAACACAAACCCCCCCUCAUCCAGCCGCAAGGCGAGCAAAACUCCCAAAUCUACCCCCGGCUUUAGACGCAGAGACUCGCAGCACCACAUUAAGCUCGAGCUGGGCAUGGGGCUGGGGCUGGGCAUGAAUCUGGAUAUGCUGGGCAUGGGCGUGGGUGUUAUUGAUCCCCAGCUCGACGAGGCGAGUCGCAAUCUUAUUAAGCAGCUGCAGCAGGAGGAUAUGGGGCUGAGGAGGCGGAGUCGAUGA